GACCCACGCCCCCCAACUCCCACGUAAUUCUUCUAUCCAACAGAACAAAACCACCGCCUCCAACCCGCGCCCACCGCCUCGCCACAUUAACACGCGCCCCUCCCUCCCCGUCGCCGCCAUGCCCGCCGAUGCCAAGCCCCGCGCCCUCCUCCCCGUCCGCCCGCUCCUCCUCCUCUCGAUCCCCUUCCUCUCCCUCCUCCUCCUCUACGGCUACUCCUCCUCGAUGCGCCGCGGCGCCGCCUUCCGCUCCUACGACGACUACCUCCGCCACCAGCUCAACAAGACCCUCGACCCGCGCCUCCGCCGCGUCUGGGCCACCCGCGACUGGCGCCGCAAGGUCGACGCCUUCGCGCGCGCCUUCCGGGCCCUCCAGGCCGAGGGCCUCCUCUCCAACGCCUCCCGCGCGCUCUGCGUCGGCGCGCGCCUCGGCCAGGAGGUCGCCGCGCUCCGCCUCGUCGGCGUGCCCGACGCCGUCGGCAUCGACCUCGCACCGGCGCCGCCGCUCGUCGUCAGGGGCGACUUCCACGCGCAGCCCUUCGGCGACGGCGCCUUCGACUUCGAGUUCUCCAACGUGUUCGACCACGCGCUCUACCCGGACCGCUUCGUCGCCGAGAUCGAGCGCACGCUGCGCCCGGGCGGCGUCGCCGUGCUGCACGUCGCGGUGCACCGCCGCGGGGACAAGUACUCGGCCAACGACCUGCUCGACGUCGACGGCCUGCUCGCGCUCUUCCGGCGGUCGGAGGUGGUCAGGGUCUCCAAGGUCGACGCCUUCGGCCUGGACACCGAGGUCGUCCUCCGCAAGAAGAGGUCACCCUAGCAACACACACCACCAUGCAUCCAAACCCAAUUCUCAAACCACCACACAAUCCCACCUGCAAAGAAACUGAAAUCUUUCUGUGUACGCCGGGUUUUCUGGGUCGAUUUGUUACUGUGGCUAGGUAGUUGAUUCUUUGGUGGGCACGCAUUGCAUACAUCCAUUGUUCUUGUACUUACCUAGUAGCAAUUAUUAUUUAUACUAGACAAGAUAUGAUAAUUCUUCGGAGGAAAAGAAGUUAAAAGGAAAAAAAAAACAGUGAUUUAGGUUUUUCAGCUUCCCAUCUUUUCUGGAUCACUUUUGUUCUUGUCUUGUUUUAGUUCUUCUCUUCCUAACUUUCUGAGAAGAACGUUUGGUUGAUUUGGGUGUGGUGCGCGUGACUAGAGACACUGAUGGAGCAGCAUAAUUGUGCCCGUGCAGCGUUAGAAAAUGAUGGUCACAUUUGCACAAGACAGUACUAGAAGCUGUAUUGUUUCUUGUAGUACGUCGGUGUAUUAGUGUACGGUAGGGUAGUACACAUACGUUUGGAACCUUGCUGUAUAACUUAACAUGCUUACAUAACCAUAUAAUGUGCUUAAUUACCACUGUUUUUUAUGAUGUACAUUGCUUAAUUACCACUGUUAGGUCAGGGGAAGAGAGAAGAUCUAAGAGCAGAACAGGACUUGGAAACAUAUGUCAUAUGUGGCACCUCAUGUACAAAUAUUCAGCAUCAGGGAGGGUAAUGCGAUUGAAUCAAUUGUACUGGGAU